GUCCUUCAAGCCCCCUGAUGUGCGACUCCGUAUCAUCUUGUCUGCAGCAAAAACGACAAGGCUGGGUCUCACCUGAUAUUCCACAUCUGCCAGCUUCUCAAUCAUCCAAUUAGGCACAACAGAUUAUUUCGAACUACCGCUUUUGCUCCAUAGUGCUAGCAGGAACAGCACAUCACGUCGUGCGUGCCAUAAUGGGCGACAGGAUAUUCCGCAUCUUCAACCCGAGAGAACCAAAGGCUGAUCCCGUCGAGAAGAGGCGCGCCCAGCUUCGACGAGCCCAGCAAUCUUAUCGGGAUCGGAAAGACAAGUAUACCAAGGCUCUCGAGGCUGAACUAGCACGCGUUCGGAAGAAUGAAGCUGGCUUGGUGUCCGAGGUUCAGCAGCUCCGUGCAAAAGUCCAUAUACUGACCACCCUUCUGUCGCAAAACGGCAUAUCCUCCCCGCCCGAGUUCACGAAUGAGGAGGUAUCUCAUAGUCCUACCCUACAUCUGGAUGAUGGCAGCCUUGCAAGUGAACAAACACAACCGGCUACCAGGGCCCAGGCUCAGAAUGAUUGGCCACUAGAGUCUUCAAGCAAGUCGGCGAACCAAAGCAGCGUUCCGAGCAGUGAUGUUUUUAGUUUGCGGCAUCAUGGUUCAAGAUACUUCAAAAGACUACGGGAUCCAGUACCCACGGCCACCAUAACGCUCUCAGCUGAGCCCAGUCACAAAACUCACCUUUCCGAACUUGAUGCCACGACAGUUGGCAUGGAGUUUGUAUUAACACUAGAAAGGCCGUGUCUAGGCCAUGUACACGGAAACCCCAAAAAGCCCAAUGAACCAGGUGGUCAUGCUUUGACUGCUACGGUUCAGCUUCAAUCCGCCCUGUCUCUCCCUCCUAUUGAUCCACAAGAUCCCAAGCCUCCGUCUUAUCAAAAUGCCCCCGCAGUUGUGCUCGAUCGCUUAUUAAACCUUGCGCCCAGCGUAUCAGAGGACGGCGACGUGACACCGAUUCAGGCGUGGCAUUAUAUACGACACCAGCCACACUUUGGCGGGUUUGAGAUACAAAACCUCAACAGACUGGCAGAAAAACUACUGGUAGCCAUGAAAUGUCACGGAUUUGGCGCUGCGAUUCAGCCGAACAUAUUCGAAUCAACUGUACGGGAAAUUCUCAAUCCAGUGAUGCUAAUGUCACCGUGACGCAAAGAGCAUGGGUCUGUUGACUGUCGUCUCCUUGAACAGCCUCUAAUUAAGCAGCAUUAAUUCACCAAGAAGUGGGAAAACUCCUUCUGAAUAACAACAGGACCAUUCAGAAGACAUACGAACUCAAAUUAUAAUGGAGGACAAUAGCUGUGGUUAAUAAAAAUGAAAUUGUAAACAAAGCCGAUAAAGACCGAUAUACAUGACUGGCCAUGGUACAUUUUAUUUUCUCUCGUUUAAAUUCUC